AAAGGAAUGACAGCACAAGAAACCUGCCUUCUUUUGAAAAGCUUUUACAUCAGUGACUGUGGGAAACUUUUGCAAUCACCUUAAGAAGGAAAUCCAAGGUUUAAAAAAAUGUGGUGGAGUGCUCCACUUCUUUGAGUAGGCAGUGCUUCUGCUGUGACGUUGCACUGGCAUCCAGCCUGAAAGCCCUAGGGCACAGGAAAGAAACAGCUUGACACGAAGUGGCACACAACAGGAAGACCAACAUACGAGAUCUAAAAGAGGAAAAGCAUGGACAAGACAAUAACCACUGGCAAAUUCAAAGACAGGCCACCCCUCCAGGACAGCAAUGGCAGUAUGGUUCCUGCUAAGGGUGGGUGCCAUAACUGUUCAAAGCUAAAGAUAUUUCUUGGAGCUCUAGCUUUUUCCUUUUUUGCCAAAGGACUUUCUGGAAGCUACAUGAAGAGCAUGUCCAGUCAAAUUGAAAGGAGAUUUGAAAUCUCAUCAUCAAUUGUUGGUAUUAUUGAUGGCAGCUUUGAGUUAGGUAACUUAAUGGUAAUGAUAUUGGUGAGCUACCUUGGACCAAGAGUUCAUCGACCAAAAGUAAUUGCUGUUGGAUGUCUCAUUAUGUCAUUAGGAGCAUUUUUGUCAGUGAUGCCUCAGUUCCUAAUGGGACGUUAUAAUUAUGAAAGGAUAGCUGUUACUGUGGACAACUCUUCUACGAGUGUAUCAGCUUGCUCCCCAGCAUCCUCUGUUGGCCAUCCAGUCUCAGAUACUACAGAAACACCUAACACAAUGAAAAAUUCAGGAUGUGAGAAAACAUCAAAUUCCUACCUGUGGCUCUUUGUGUUGAUGGGGAACCUUUUACGUGGAAUUGGGGAAGCACCAGUUAUGCCACUGGGGGUUUCAUAUAUUGAUGAUUUUUCUAAAGAAGAAAACUCUGCAUUCUACAUAGGCCUGGUGAGGUCCUCAGGGAUGUUUGGGCCAACCCUGGGCUUCCUGCUUGGAUCUUUCUGUGCCAGCCUCUGGGUCGAUAUUGGCAUUGCGGAUAUCGAUGCCAUUAGCAUAAAUCCCAAGGAUACCCGCUGGGUUGGUGCCUGGUGGCUUGGAUUGCUUAUCUGUGGAGCAGUCAACUUCAUUGCUUCAUUGCCUUUCUGGUUUCUGCCUUACUCCUUACUGAAAGAAGGAGAAGAGCAAAAUCUGAAGACUAGUCAUCUGCCUGUUCAAGAUCACUGUAAAAUAGACCCCUCAGUUCAGCCACAAUUGAAGUUCUCUGAGGCAGUAAAAGAUUUCCUACCAACUUUGAAGAAGCUGUUUGGAAAUCCAGUUUUCCUGGUGUAUGUGUUCCUCACCAUUCUGCAGUACAAUUCUCUUGUUGGGUUGAUAACCUAUGAGACAAAGUUUAUGGAACAGCAAUUUAAUGUAUCAGUGGCAAGAGCAAUCUUUCUAGUUGGUGUGAUACUGUUGCCCAUCACAAUCCUGGGGAUGUUUCUAGGAGGCUAUCUGAUCAAGAAAUUCAAACUUGACAUAACUGGAAUAACAAAGUUUGCAUGCAUCUCCUUUAUAGUAGCGUAUCUAUUAAACCUGUUGUACUUUACAUGCAGUUGUGAGGUGCUCCAGCUGGCUGGUCUGACAGUGCCCUACUCUGGAUUGAAACAACUUUCCUCCCCCAAAAACAGCUUCAUGGCCAGUUGCAAUGCUGAUUGCAGCUGUGAGGUGGAUCAGUGGGAUCCUGUAUGUGGGGACAAUGGGAUCACUUACAUGACGGCCUGUUUUGCGGGAUGUAAAUCAUCAACCGGGACAGGAAAGAAUAUGGAGAGGUGUUCCAGCCCUCUGAUCAGCCUUAUGGACUCACUCCAACAUCUCCAUGUCCUUCUUGUGCUGGGGGACCCAGAGCUGAAAGCUGUACUCCAGGUGUUUCACAAUUGCAGCUGUGUGGAAGCACAAGGACAUGGACUUGGCAAUUCUGCAGUUUUGGGACAAUGCCAAAGAGAGAGCUGUACCAAAGCAUUUCCCUAUUUUUUAGCAUUACAGACUGCAUGUGCAUUUAUUUUAGCCUUAGGAGGCACUCCUACAUACAUGAUUAUGUUUAGAUCUGUUUCUCCAGACCUGAAAUCCUUUGCUGUUGGGAUUGAAACUUUAGGUGGUAGAGUACUAGGAGGACUUCCAGCUCCUAUUUACUUUGGUGCCUUGAUAGAUGAGACCUGCUUGAAAUGGGGGACAAAAAGCUGCGGGGGAUCUGGGUCCUGCCGAGUGUAUGACACAAAAGCAUUCAGAAAUGUCUAUCUCGGUCUCAUUGCUGGAUUACGGGCAGGAUGCUCUCUCUUAUACAUAGUGCUCUUUGUUUUAAUAAUGAGACGCUUCAAACCAGAUGACAAGGAGAUGACAGAUAUUAAAAAUGCAGAAAGACCAACCAGCAAAGAACCAGCUACGGUGAACAAAAAAGAAAUUCUUCCUGGUGCACAAACUUCAGAGGAGAGUGAAGAAACUUAUAUGUGAAAAACAAACAAGACCUCUCCCCAACUCUGCCUAUGUUUCAGUUUUUCUAAGCACAACGGAGUCUGAUUACUGACUUCAACAGCUGGUUUACAUUUGGAGGUUCAAAAAAUAUCCUUGAAA